CUCGAUUUACUAACUUUUAAUUUAGCUAUCUCAUAUUAUAUUUACAUAUUCUUAUAUUUAAAGUAUACCCUUAUUGUUUAACCUUCCCCCAGUUAACAAGCUUUUAAAUACUUAAAAAAACACGUCUAUAUUCAUUUCAUAGAUUCAAUUAAGAACAUAUAAAUUAUAAAAUUACUUACUUCAAAAUGGCUAAAUUAUCUGCUCCAAUUACUCCACCAAUGAAAUCAACCGGUGAUGUCUUAAUGACUUUAGAAACUCAUGAUGGUAUUGCUUUACAAGGUUAUUCAUUUGGUGCUGAAGUCCCAGCUGCUGGUGAAGUCGUAUUCCAAACUGGUAUGGUUGGAUACCCAGAAUCAAUUACUGAUCCAUCUUAUGAAGGUCAAAUCUUAGUUAUUACUUAUCCUUUAGUUGGUAAUUAUGGGGUUCCAGAUCGUAAAUUAUUAGAUGAUGAUUAUUUCCCUGCUUUACCAAAAUAUUUUGAAUCAAACAAAAUUCAUAUUGCUGGUUUAGUUGUCGCUCAUUAUACUGAAGAAUAUUCUCAUUUCUUAGCUAAAUCAUCUUUAAGUCAAUGGUUAAAAGAACAAGGUAUUCCUGCUAUUUAUGGGGUUGACACUAGAUCUUUAACUAAAAGAUUAAGAGAAGAAGGAUCAACUUUAGGUAGAUUAGCUCUUCAAAAAUCAUCAUUCUCAUCUGAAUCUAUCUUAGCUGAUACAUCAUCAAAUUGGGAAAAUUAUUUUGAAAUUCCUGAAUGGGAUGAUCCAAAUGUUAAAAAUUUAGUUGCUAAAGUUUCUAUUAAAGAACCAACUGUUUUCACUCCAAAGGAUUCCCUUAAAUUAGGUAAAAAUGUUAAACCAAUUAGAAUCAUUGCCGUUGAUGUUGGUAUGAAAUAUAACCAAAUCCGUUGUUUCGUUAGACGUGGUGUUGAAUUAAAAGUAGUUCCAUGGGAUUAUGAUUAUACUACUGAAGAAUAUGAUGGUUUAUUCAUUUCAAAUGGUCCUGGUGAUCCAUCAGUUAUGACUGAUGCUGUCCAAAGAUUAAAAACUGUUAUUGAUGAGGCUAAAACUCCAGUCUUUGGUAUUUGUUUAGGUCAUCAAUUAAUGGCAAGAGCAACUGGUGCUUCAACUUUAAAAUUGAAAUUCGGUAAUAGAGGUCACAAUAUUCCUUGUACUUCCACUAUUUCUGGUAGAUGUUAUAUUACAUCUCAAAAUCAUGGUUAUGCCGUUGAUACUACUACUUUAACUCCAGGUUGGAAAGAAUUAUUUGUUAAUUCAAAUGAUGGUUCUAAUGAAGGUAUUUAUCAUGAAUCAAAACCUUUCUUCUCAGUUCAAUUCCAUCCUGAAUCAACCCCAGGUCCAAGAGAUACUGAAUUCUUAUUUGAUGUUUUCAUUCAAUCUGUUAUUGAUUACAAUCAAACUGGUAUCUAUAAACAAGUUGCCUUCCCAGGUGGUAAAAUUGAAGAAAACAGAGCUGCUCAUCCAAGAGUUGAAGUUAAAAAAGUUUUGGUCUUGGGUUCCGGUGGUUUAUCCAUUGGUCAAGCUGGUGAAUUCGAUUAUUCCGGUUCUCAAGCUAUUAAAGCUUUAAAAGAAGAAGGUAUUUAUACUAUUUUAAUUAAUCCAAAUAUCGCCACUAUUCAAACUUCUAAAGGUUUAGCUGAUAAAGUUUAUUUCUUACCAGUUAAUCCUGAAUUCGUUAGAAAAGUUAUUGAACACGAACGUCCUGAUGGUAUUUACUGUACUUUUGGUGGUCAAACUGCCUUAAGUGUUGGUAUCAGCUUAAAGGAUGAAUUCGAAGGUUUAGGUGUUAAAGUUUUAGGUACUCAAAUUGAAUCUGUUAUUACUACUGAAGAUAGAGAAUUAUUCGCUAAUGCCAUGUCUGAAAUUGGUGAAAAAUGUGCUCGUUCCGAAGCUGUUAAUACCGUCGAAGAAGCUGUUGAUGCUGCCAAUGCUAUUGGUUAUCCAUUAAUUAUCAGAGCUGCUUAUGCCUUAGGUGGUUUAGGUUCUGGUUUUGCUGAUAACGAAGAAGAAUUAGUUGAAUUAUGUUCAAAAGCUUUUGCUAUUUCUCCUCAAGUUUUAGUUGAGAGAUCCAUGAAAGGUUGGAAAGAAGUUGAAUAUGAAGUUGUUCGUGAUGCUUUUGAUAACUGUAUUACUGUUUGUAAUAUGGAAAAUUUCGAUCCAUUAGGUAUUCAUACUGGUGAUUCCAUUGUGGUGGCUCCAUCUCAAACUUUAUCUGAUGAAGAUUAUAAUAUGUUAAGAACUACUGCUGUUAAUGUUAUUAGACAUUUAGGUGUUGUUGGUGAAUGUAACAUUCAAUAUGCUUUAAAUCCAUUCUCCAAAGAAUAUUGUAUUAUCGAAGUUAAUGCCAGAUUAUCUCGUUCUUCAGCUUUAGCUUCUAAAGCUACUGGUUAUCCAUUAGCUUAUACUGCUGCUAAAUUAGGUUUAAACAUCCCAUUAAAUGAAAUUAAAAACUCAGUUACUAAAUCUACUUGUGCCUGUUUCGAACCAUCAUUAGAUUAUGUUGUUGUUAAGAUUCCAAGAUGGGAUUUAAAGAAAUUCACCAGAGUUUCAUCUUUAUUAUCAUCAUCUAUGAAAUCCGUUGGUGAAGUUAUGUCUAUUGGUAGAACUUUCGAAGAAGCUAUUCAAAAAGCUAUUAGAUCUACUGAUUAUCACAACUUAGGUUUCAACGAUACGGCUGCUUUAAUGUCUAUUGAUAUCGACAGUGAAUUACAAACUCCUUCUGAUCAACGUUUAUUCGCUAUUGCUAACGCUUUAGCUGAUGGUUAUACUGUUGAAAGAGUUUGGGAAUUAACUAAUAUUGAUAAAUGGUUCUUAAACAAAUUAGAUGGUUUAAUUAAAUUCGGUAGUAAGAUUGCUUCAUUCGGUACUAAAGAAGAAUUACCUGCUUCUGUUUUAAGACAAGCCAAACAAUUAGGUUUCGAAGAUAGACAAAUUGCUAAAUUCUUAAACUCUAAUGAAGUUGCUAUCAGAAGAUUAAGAAAAGAAGCUGGUAUCAUUCCAUUUGUUAAACAAAUCGAUACUGUUGCCGCUGAAUUCCCAGCUUUCACCAAUUAUUUAUAUAUUACUUAUAAUGCUGAUUCUAAUGAUGUUACCUUCGAUGAACAUGGUGUUAUUGUCUUAGGUUCCGGUGUUUAUAGAAUUGGUUCUUCAGUUGAAUUCGAUUGGUGUGCAGUUAGAGCUAUUAGAACCUUAAGAGAAGGUAAGAUCAAAACCAUUAUGAUCAAUUAUAAUCCAGAAACUGUUUCUACCGAUUAUGAUGAAGCUGAUAGAUUAUAUUUCGAAACUAUUAAUUUAGAAAGAGUUUUAGAUAUUUAUGAAUUAGAACAAUCAUCAGGGGUUAUUAUUUCUAUGGGUGGUCAAACUUCAAAUAAUAUUGCUUUACCAUUACAUCGUCAAAAUGUUAAGAUUUUAGGUACUUCGCCAGAAAUGAUUGAUUCCGCUGAAAAUAGAUAUAAAUUCUCCAGAAUGUUAGAUAAAAUUGGUGUUGAUCAACCAGCUUGGAAAGAAUUAACUUCUUUUGCCGAAGCUGAAGAGUUCGCUGAUAAGGUUACUUAUCCAGUUUUAGUUCGUCCAUCUUAUGUGUUAUCUGGUGCUGCUAUGAAUACUGUUUACUCUAGAGAUGAUUUAGAAUCUUACUUAAGUCAAGCUGUUGAUGUUUCUCCAGAUUAUCCAGUUGUUAUCACCAAAUAUAUUGAAAACGCUAAGGAAAUUGAAAUGGAUGCCGUUGCUAAAGAUGGUAAAAUGAUCAUGCAUGUUGUUUCUGAACAUGUUGAAAAUGCCGGGGUUCAUUCUGGUGAUGCCACUUUAAUAGUCCCACCACAAGAUUUAGAUCCAAAGACUGUUGAAAGAAUUGUUGAAGCUACCGCUAAAAUUGGUAAAGCUUUAGAUAUUACUGGUCCUUAUAAUAUUCAAUUCAUUGCUAAGGAUAAUGAUAUUAAGGUUAUUGAAUGUAAUGUUCGUGCUUCUCGUUCUUUCCCAUUCAUUUCCAAAGUUGUUGGUACUGAUUUAAUUGAAUUAGCCACUAAAGCUAUUAUGGAUUUACCAGUUGUUCCUUACCCAGGUGAAAAAUUACCAGAAGAUUAUUGUGCUGUUAAAGUUCCACAAUUCUCAUUCUCUCGUUUAGCUGGUGCUGAUCCAGUGUUAGGUGUUGAAAUGGCUUCUACUGGUGAAGUUGCUACUUUUGGUAGAAAUAAAUAUGAAGCUUACUUGAAAUCCUUAAUUUCAACUGGUUUCAAAUUACCAAAAAAGAAUAUCUUAUUCUCCAUUGGUUCUUAUAAAGAAAAAUUAGAAUUAUUACCUUCAAUUGCCAAAUUACAUGAAUUAAACUAUAAAAUCUUUGCUACUGCAGGUACUGCUGAUUUCAUUAAGGAACAUAAUAUUCCAGUUCAAUACUUAGAAGUCUUAAGUAAAGAUGAGGAUCAAAAAUCUGAAUAUAAUUUAACUCAACAUUUAGCCAACAAUUUAAUUGAUUUAUAUAUUAAUUUACCAUCUGCUAAUAGAUUCAGACGUCCAGCUUCUUAUAUGUCUAAAGGUUACGAAUCUCGUCGUUUAGCUGUUGAUUAUUCCGUUCCAUUAGUUACCAAUGUUAAAUGUGCUAAGUUAUUAGUUGAAGCUAUUUCUAGAAACAUUUCUUUAGAUGUUACCAACAGAGAUUUCCAAACUUCUCACAACACUGCUGUCUUGCCAGGUUUAAUUAAUAUUACCUCAUUCGUUACUUCAUUUGAUGAUUUUGAAGCUACCACCAAAGCUUCAUUAGCUGCUGGUUUCACUUUCAAUACUUUCUUACCACAAACCUUAGAUGGUUCAUCAGUAUCUGAUUUCGAUUCAUUAUUAGAGGCUAUUGAUGUUGCUGGUGCUUCUGCUUAUACUGAUUACUCAGUAUCCAUUGCUGCUAAUGCUUCCAAUGCUGCUGAUGUUUCAGAAGCUUCUCAAAACAGUGGUUCAUUAUUCUUACCAUUCAAUGAAUUUGCUAAUUCUAAGGUGUCUGCUAUUUCAUCUCAUUUUGCUUCAUGGCCUGAAAACAAACCAAUCAUUACUGAUGCCAAAACUACUGAUUUAGCUUCCGUUUUAUUAUUAGCAUCAUUAUAUAAUAGAUCUAUUCACAUUACUGGUGUUUCAUCCAAAGAAGAUUUAGAUUUAAUUAAAAUGGCUAAAGAUAAAGAAUUAAGAGUUACUUGUGAUGUUGCUGUCUUUUCAUUAUUCUUAUCAAAGGAUGAAUUAAAUGUUCCAUUCUUACCAACUAAAGAAGAUCAAACUUACUUAUGGGAAAAUAUUGCUAAUGUUGACUGUUUCUCAGUUGGUGUUUUACCAUACUUAGUUGCUAAAGCCACUGGUCAAGCCAUUGUUCCAGGUUUAGGUAUUAACGAAACUAUUCCAUUAUUAUUAACUGCUGUUAAAGAUGGUCGUAUUACUGUUGAUGAUAUCAUUAAACGUUUCCAUGAUGAACCAGUUAGAAUCUUCAACAUUCCAAAACAAGAUGCUGCUGUUGAAAUCGAUUUAGAUAGAUUCAUCUUAGCCACCAACAGGACUUCAAUCUUUGCCAAUAAGAAAUUACUUGGUUCAGUUGAUAGAGUUUCUUUCCAUAGUGAAACUGUUGUUUUAGAUGGUUCUGUUGUUGCUUCAUCGGCUGUUGGUAAGAAUGAAGUUGAACCAAGAAAUAGAUUCAGUUCUAUUACUUCUAUUCCACAAUCCCCAUCUGUCGGUAGAAAACAAAGAAUUUCUUUCACUAGUGAUCUCCGUCGUCCAUCUCUUGCUAGAGAACUUGCACAACCAUUACCAACUGAAUUUGAAAGAUUUGGUUCAGAAUUAGUUUCUCAACCACCUGGUGCUUUAAGUGAAGGUAAUGCUUUAGCCAACUAUAUCAGACAUAAUAACACUUUCUUAAGAAACUCAGUCUUAUCAGUUAAACAUGUUAGUAGAGCCGAUUUACAUUCAUUAUUUACUGUUGCUCAAGAAAUGAGAUUAGCUGUUGAAAGACAAGGUGUAUUAGAUAUCUUAAAGGGUAGAGUCUUAGCUACUAUGUUCUAUGAACCAUCAACUAGAACCUCAUCAUCAUUCGAUGCUGCUAUGCAAAGAUUAGGUGGUAGAGUUGUUGCUGUGGCCGCUGGUUCUUCAUCAGUUAAGAAAGGUGAAACUUUACAAGAUACCAUUAGAUCAUUAGCUUGUUAUGCUGAUGCUGUUGUCUUAAGACAUCCAUCUGAAGAAUCUGCUGAUAUUGCUGCUAAAUAUUCUCCAGUUCCAAUUAUCAAUGGUGGUAAUGGUACUAAAGAACAUCCAACUCAAGCUUUCUUAGAUUUAUUCACUAUUAGAGAAGAAUUAGGUACUGUGAAUGGUAUUACUGUUACCUUUAUGGGAGAUUUAAAAUUCGGUAGACCAGUUCAUUCAUUAGUUCAUUUAUUACGUCAUUAUCAAGUUAGAGUUCAAUUAGUUGCUCCAAAGGAAUUAGCUAUGCCAGAAGAAAUUAGAAAGAUCUUAAUUGAAAACAAAAUGUUAGCCGUUGAAUCUGAAGUCUUAACUAAAGAAAUCAUUGCUAGAUCUGAUAUUUUAUAUUGUACUAGAGUUCAAGAAGAAAGAUUUGAAGAUAAAGAACAAUACUUAAGAUUGAAAGAUACUUAUAUUGUUGAUAACAAGAUCUUAUCCUAUGCUAAACAACAUAUGGCUGUUAUGCAUCCAUUACCAAGAACCAAUGAAAUUCGUGAAGAAGUUGAUUUCGAUCAAAGAGCUGCUUAUUUCAGACAAAUGAGAUAUGGAUUAUUUGUUAGAAUGGCUUUAUUGGCUAUGGUUAUUGGUGUUGAUUUUUAAUCAAAUCAAAUCAACUCAAAUCGGGGAAUUUAAAAAAUAUAUAAAAAGGAUUUUUGGUUAUUAAACCUUUUUAUUAGACGAUAUAUAUUAAUUAUUGUUUUUGGCUUUAUUUUCUAUUGUUUUAUUAUUUUUAUAUCAUAGAAAGUUACAAGUUUUAAAGAAAAGAAAACAAAAAAAAAAUUAGAUAGGAGGAGUUGUCAUCUAUUUAU